GCAGCGUGUUUCCGGUAAGAACGGGCCAAGAGACAACAGUAACAUUAAAACCAUAGACUGGAAAAUUUAAGUAUUUCUUACCGUCUUUUUGUUCACCGGGUUUUAAAGUUGACGACCUGGAAGCUCAUCAGACGGAAACCGACAGAGCUUCGCGCUUAAAGGUCGCAUUUACCACGGCAAUGGAAGCCGAGUUUCGAGAAAUCGAUGAAUCGGGGAGUUGGAACGCCAUUUACCAGGAGAUCCGUCAGCAGUCCAGUGACCUGCCGUGCCGAGUGGCCAAACACCCUGAAAACAAGAGCAGGAACCGCUACCGAGACGUCAGCCCAUUUGACCACAGUAGGAUCCGUCUUCAGGAGGGUUCCAAUGACUACAUCAACGCCAGUCUCAUAUCCAUGGAGGAGGCCCAACGCAGCUACAUACUCACUCAGGGUCCGCUCCCCAACACGUGUGGUCAUUUCUGGGAGAUGGUUUGGGAACAGAAGACGAGAGGAGUCGUGAUGCUGAACCGCGUCAUCGAGAAGGGAUCGGUGAAGUGUGCUCAGUACUGGCCCCUGGAAGAGAGGGAGGCGGUGUUUGAGGACACACACUUCAAACUCACACUCGUCUCGGAAGACGUCAAGUCAUUCUACACUGUACGCCAGCUGGAGCUCACCAACCUGCAGUUGGAUGAGAGCAGGGAGAUCCUCCACUUCCACUACACCAGCUGGCCUGACUUCGGCGUUCCGGAAUCUCCGGCCUCCUUCCUGACGUUCCUCAUGUGUGUUCGCCAGUCCGGGUGCCUCGGGUCGCCACACACACACGCCAACGCACACACACACCCCGACGGGGACACACACGUGGGGCCGGCAGUCGUCCACUGCAGCGCGGGAAUCGGCAGGUCCGGAACAUUCUGCCUCGUGGACACCUGCCUACUACUGAUGUGUCUUCGUGAGGACCCCAGCUCGGUGUGUAUUCGUGACGUGUUGCUGGAGAUGAGGAAGUGCCGCAUGGGCCUCAUCCAGACAGCGGACCAGCUGAGGUUCUCAUACCUGGCCGUCAUCGAGGGGGCGCGCAACAUCAUGGGACACGACAGCCUACAGGAGUCGUGGGCGGAGUUGUCCAAUGAGGACGUCCCGGACUUCAAGCCCCCCUCCCCCCCUCCCUGGAGCCACCCGGACGAACACAACGGAUCACCUCAGCACACACACAUCAACAGCGAUCUGAGGAGGAGGCAUGUGGGUGUCGACGCCCCCCCGGUCCCGCCCCCUCGUCCCCCAUUGGCCCAGGACUCUAUCCCCAUGGCAACAGCUGCAUCAGUCGCGGCGUCAGUACCGCCCCCCAAACCUCCUCGCACCCCUGAGGAGGCCCCCUCCUCCCCCCCGGCCUCUUCUGCUCCUGCUCCCCCGUCUCCCUGCCCCGCUGCUACUGCCCCCUGUGGUGGGCCCCCCUCCGCGCUGCCUGCGGGCCCCCCUGCCCCGUGGAGCCCUCUGCUGGCCAACAUGUGUGUGUGCACCGCGCUGGCGCUCGGGGCCUACGUCUGCUACCGCACCUGCUUCCACUGAGGACACCGCCGGGACAUCAGGACACACACACACACACACAUGUGCACACACACACACACA